CUCCUGUUUGCUAUGCUAACACAGAUGACAGUUGCACUUUUGGACACAACGUUUACAUCCUUAUCUUUUCAUGUUACUCUUUAAUAAACAGUACAGCUAGAGACAGAAUGGAGCUAUAUUUUGGCUGCGGUUUGUUUCUGCUUACGUUACUUGUUCUACCGGGCCUAUUGCUCGGGGACUUGGUAUUUUAUUGUCCGAAAUGCACUGCGGAGCGCCAAACUGCAUGUCCUAAACUCGCCACCAACUGUACUGAGAUAGUCAGGGAGCCCGCCUGUGGCUGCUGUCCGGUGUGUGCCCGGUUGGAAGGUGAAUUCUGUGGCGUCUACACACCGAGGUGUUCCACAGGGCUGCGUUGUUAUCCCACUGCAGAUUCAAAAUUGCCCUUGGAGCAGCUGGUUCAAGGGUUAGGGCGAUGCUCACAAAAAGUGGACACAGUACCCAACCGCACUGAAGAGCACCAGGACACAAGUGGACCUAUAGGGGAGCUGCCGGGCACUGAGGGCCCCACUCUGAAGAAGCCGACCAAAGAUGUCAGGAUCUGGACAUGGUCCAAAGAUCUGGCCCCAGUGCAGGCCCAGAACGAGCUCAAAACCAAGAUGAAGACCAACAACUGUCCCGAGGAACCUAAGACCCAGCAGCCCACGAAGGUCAGGAAAAACCAUUACAAAAAAAAAGAAAAAUACGUCUUUGUUCACAUCAGAUACAAUUCAGAAACUGAAUGAGCAUUAGUAUUAUCGAACUACAUAGUUUAGCUCGAAGGGUUGGAUUUUGGCAGGG